CCACCGGACAAGACAGCUUUCCUUCAGAAUGGAGUCUUCUGGACCUUUGAGCAUCCUGGUGCUAUCCAUCCUUCUAGUGAAUGUCCGGGGACAUGGUCUGACUGACUGGUUCUUUCACAAGAGAUGCCCCAGAAUCCAAGAUAACUGUGAAUUCAAAGAAAGGGAUGAAUGUUCGAAGGACAAAAAAUGUCCAAGACAUGAGAAGUGUUGCUUCUUCAGCUGCGGAAGAAAAUGCUUAAACCUCCAACAAGACAUAUGCAGUAUGCCCAAAGAACCUGGCCCCUGCUUGGCUUUUUUCCGUCGUUGGUGGUAUGAUAAGACAAAUAAUACCUGCUCCAGCUUCAUCUAUGGCGGCUGCAAAGGAAACAAUAACAACUUCCAAUCCCAAGCCAUAUGCCAGAGCACCUGCCCCCCAAAAAGGAGUAUAUCUUUCCAUCCCUUGGGGAUGUGUCCCCGAGUCAGAGUAAGAUGUGAAAUAGAAGAAAGAAACCUAUGUACGAAGAGCAGACAAUGUCCAGAGAAGAUGAAGUGUUGCAGGUUUAGCUGUGGAAAAAAAUGUGUAAAUGUCAGACAAGUGUAG